AUGGCCUCUCAAGGAGGCCUCACGCGGCGGCGUGGAGCAGGGGGUGUCACCUCACCUACCGCAGACGAAGAGUCUUCCAGCCGCGUCACAUCUCCUGCACCCAGACCGCACACCGACCGAACCCCAGAAACGGCCUAUGAGAACGGCGAAAAUGGCCACAGAAUUGCCUAUGACCCCAGAGACAUAAGCGAAAGUCAGGAAAGAAGUAAACAGCCAAAGUUGACACUGAUGGAAGAAAUCUUAUUACUUGGGUUGAAAGAUAAGCAGGGCUAUCUUUCCUUCUGGAACGACAACAUAUCCUACGCCUUGCGAGGGUGCAUCGUGAUCGAACUGGCAUUCAGAGGCCGCAUUGCCAUGCAAAAUGACUCGUCCCGGAGACGGUUUCCCUUGGCCGAUCGGAUCAUCGAAGUGAUCGACGACACCUUGACAGGAGAAGUCUUGCUUGACGAAGCAUUGAAAAUGAUGAAGUCAAGUGAGAAAAUGAGCGUGAGCUCCUGGAUUGACCUGAUGAGUGGGGAAACUUGGAACCUCAUGAAGAUCGGCUACCAGUUGAAACAAGUCCGUGAACGACUCGCGAAAGGUCUUGUGGACAAAGGCAUCUUGCGCACUGAAAAACGAAACUUCCUUCUCUUUGACAUGGCCACCCAUCCUGUCGUUGAUUCCGCCGCCAAAGACGAGAUCCGAAAACGCGUCCGAAGCGUCUGCUCCGCCCGCACCGUCGUCCUCCCUCCGUCACAAUUCCUCCCUGCAGAACUCGAGUUCAGAAUGCUUCGGACCAUUGCCAUGGUGUGUGCGGCGUAUGCGGCGAAUGUGCUCGAGAAUGCCUUGGUGACCAUGAGCCAUGAAGCGAGAGAAAGAGCGUUUGCUCAGGUGGACGAGCUACUUGCGGAAUACAGCCAAUGGCCUUUUGCUAGGAGAGCUGGCGGAGGGCAAGGCAUUGGAGCAAACAUUGGACAGGUCAUCGCCGAAGAGGUCGAGAGGAAUAAGGACAAGGAGUUGCAACUUGAGGUCGUUGCGGCGUGUUUGAGCGUUUUCACCAGAUUGGACUCCUUACUGUAA